AAAAAUGAACAAGUGCAGAGUAUUUUUCCAUGUUUUUCCAUCACUGGACAUUUAAAAAGAAACAUGCACGCGUGCAAGCUACUAUAUGAUCAACGCGUUACCUCUCUGCCAGAGUGGCGUUCAAUGGCCUUCUUGACUUUGCCGUAGGUGCCUCUCCCCAGCGUCUCCAGCAGCUCGUAGCGGUGCUUCAGGUUGUGCUUGUGGUGGUGUUUCUUCACGCCAGGGUUCCUCCUGCCGCUAUCGCCGCCCGUCGGGGUCUCCUCGGGGGAGCGUCCGGUGGGCAGCGGUGACGGACCCCCACAACUUUGGCCCCUGGAGGGCUCGGAGCGACUCGCUCCCCGGCGGGGCGUCAGAUAAAGUGACAGAGGGACUAACGGUUGGAAAAACCACAUCCUCAAAGUAUGGAAGUCAUCCUGCUUUUGUUGUCUUGGAAAUGACAACAGCUUCGAGCUGUUUGAGCUCUUUCAUGGAUGGAUGGAUGCUUGAGGUUUUCGUCAACUUGAGUCAGUUUAGCCAAUAUGCUCUCAACCGUGAAGUGCAUGUUGUCCAAACUGGUCUCCCCGUUGUGGAGUGCAGUAGAAGUGGAGGCUGAAGUCGGCGCAGCGGACUCUAAAGUCAUUCGCCACCUUACCGACGGCGUGGUGACCCAGCUGGGCCUGGACCACGGCCUCAUCGACGAUUCCAUCUACUUUACGAAUGGCGUGGUGUUGGGUGGGGUACCGAUUAAAGUGGGGGACGCUGUGAGCUGCAUCGCCGUGGGAGAUGGCGCCCAAGGUGGAUGGAAGGCCCUCAGGGUUGAGAAGAGUUCCGAUGCGUGGGAUGCUGCAGACGGGACGUCUUUGGAGGACGACUGCGCUCAGCUGCGCCCUCUCAUCGGCACCGUCACGUCAUUUGACGGCCAGUGCGGCUACAUCAACAAGAAUACUUCCUUUUCAAGCGCCAAUUUAUGCGAAGGUUACGAGCCCAUGACGGGAGAUUGGGUCCAAGUCAAAUAUUUCAUCAAUCCCAACGAGUGGACCAGCCAGGCUCAUUCCGUUGCCCCUUUGCGCUAUUCCCGUCUCAAUCGGGUUUGCGUGACUAGCAUAUAUGCUAACAAGGGUGUGGUCGAUGAGAGAGUAUUCUUCUGCCUGGACUCCCUGCUGCGGCCUGACUCCUACAAGCCCUCACCGGGCCACCUGGUCAACUUGGUAAUGAUGGAGAGCAACCAGUCCAUCUACCGCUGGAGAGCUCUGUGCAUGGCGCCGUGCACUCAGGGUCUGACGCCGACUCUGACUGACGUGCCCGCAGCGACACUGGAGAGCUUAAUGGAAAACAAAGGAGGCCUGGAUGUAACUUGUUAUGGCCAGUUUAGAGAUUUGAUCGUGGGAGAGUAUUGUACACUGACGAUAUGGAUACAGAACAAAAGCUCAGAGACACACCGACUCAAGUGCUGCGAUUUUGCCGGCUGGGAUUCAGAAGAACAGUUCUAUCUGGAUCCAGGCGAGACGGCACAGAAAGAGCGAGCCAGGCACGACUCCGCUUCGGCUCCCGCGGAAGAGCGAGGAAGUCGAGAUGAGGAGACAAAGCCUUCUCUCGGUUUGAGAAGAGAAGAGAGAGAGGCAGAUCUUCCUCCGGGAGAGCGACUGUCUGUUGUUGUGGGAUGCCAAGCAAAGAGCCUGGGAAGCUGCUCCGAGAUGCUCUUGCUGCAUUUCUCCUCGUUCGUCAUCGGGAGGCGCCUGCAAGUGACGGUGUGCAGCGAGGACGAGAAGCUGCUACUCCCUCGCGCGCCCUACGCCCCCGCCGAAGCCAAGCCGGUCCCGGUGGCACCUUCUCGCAUCAUCACUCUGACCGCUCCGAAAGACGUCACACUCAGGCUUCCGAUCCGCCGUCUGCCAUGCUUCCUACCUUUCUACGACGUGCCGCAGGCUUUGAGAGACUGCGCGGCCGGGCAGAAAGACGUCCUCGUCGUCCAGCCCUGCUUAGGAGAGGUGCUGUCAGUCUCCAACGCGCAGGCCCGUUUUUCUACUCUGCUGUGGCUGGAGGAGCUUCAACACGAGAGGGAGAUGUCAGAAUUCGCCAUCCAAGGAGCUCUGCUCAGGAAAGGAGCCGUCUAUCUCCACCUGGAGGUCCUCGGCUUGGCCGAGGGGAGGCCUUAUCUCAAUUUAGGUGACAGAAUUGUGUUGAAGAGUCCACAGAGCGACGGCGUCGUGAUGGAGUACGUGAGCUGUGUUUCCGAGAUCAACGACGAAGACGUGAGUCUGAAAGUCAACUCGGAAUUCCAUCAUGGCUACCUCGGCGAACCGCUGGAUGUGGAGUUCUGCUACAACAGAGUGACCAUGAGGCGCUGUCACCACGCAAUUGAGCAGAUCAAGCCCUUUAUGGAAAUUUUCUUCCCCUCUCGAGUUAAUACUCAGACCCCUCUGUGGACCGCGAAAUGGUUAGAUGAAGACGACCAAAACACAACGUUGGAUGGAAAUGAGCAGGCCGGGGAACAAGUAAAUGGCUGGUUACCAAACAUGAUAGUCGAUACGGAGUCAAAAGGCACACAAACGAAAGAUGGCACCGAGCCGUCCAAGCCCGCCCCCAGCCGGGGCCGAUUUUUCAACCUCGACCUUAACCCUGCUCAGAGGGAGGCGGUGAAGAGAAUCCUGGCCGCAGAAUGCCGUCCCACACCUUAUGUGCUUUUUGGACCUCCCGGUACCGGGAAGACUAUCACCAUUAUCGAGGCCAUACUGCAGGUGUACCACUUUCUCCCCAGCAGCCGCGUCCUCGUGUGCACGCCCUCCAACAGCGCAGCCGACCUCAUUUGCGUCCGCCUGCACGACAGCGGUCUCAUGCACGCUGCAAGCCUGGCCCGUGUCAAUGCUUCCUAUAGACAGGAGAAGUACAUCCCCGAAGUGCUGAGGCAGUACUCCAAGGCCGGCGAGGACCUCAGUCACGCCUCUUUCCACCGCAUCGUGGUCAGCACCUGCUCCAGCGCCGGCUUGUUCUUCAAUCUCGGACUCCAAGUGGGACAUUUUACUCACGUGUUCCUGGACGAGGCAGGCCAGGCAACAGAACCGGAAUCCCUGAUCCCCCUCAGCCUCGUUUCAGAAAGAGAUGGACAGAUAGUAUUGGCCGGAGACCCUUGCCAGCUGGGACCAAUAGUGAAAUCCAAGAUGGCCUCCGCCUUCGGCCUGGGCCUGUCCAUGCUGGAGCGGCUCAUGGCCAAUCCGCUUUAUGCCAAACACGAGUGGGGAUACAACCCAAAUCUAGUGACAAAGCUGAUUUACAACUACCGAUCUCACGAGGCCUUGCUCGCGUUGCCCUCCAAGUUGUUCUACCACGGAGAACUGUGCGCCAAAGCCCCCAAAGCUGUCGUAGAUUCCCUCUGCCACUGGAAAACUCUUCCCAAAAAAGGCUUUCCUCUCCUCUUUCAUGGCAUCCGGGGAAAAGAAAUGAGGGAAGGCAACAACCCGUCGUGGUUCAACCCAGCCGAGGCUGUGCAGGUUAUGUUGUAUUGCUGCCAGAUGACCAAAAAACUCUACAACCCCAUUGAUGCCAGUCAGAUCGGAAUCAUCGCCCCCUACAGGAAACAAAGCGAGAAGAUCCGCGUCCUCCUGGGUAAGGUGGGCCUGUCUGACAUCAAAGUGGGCUCCGUGGAAGAGUUCCAAGGGCAAGAAUUUCUCGUUAUCAUCAUGUCGACGGUGCGCUCCAACGAAUUGGAAUUGAGCGACGACCUGCAGAAUGCGCUGGGCUUUCUGACCAACCCAAAGCGCUUCAACGUGGCCAUCACUCGCGCCAAAGCCUUGUUGGUCAUCAUUGGAAACCCCCACAUUCUCGUCAGGGAUACAUGCUUCAGGGCACUCCUUCACUAUUGUUUCACCAAGGGAGCAUAUCUGGGCUGCGACCCCCCUCCUUCCAUAAGAGACUCAAGCAUGUAAACGUGUUUCAUCCUAUUAAAUUCCACAUGAUUACUAUUA